AUGAGUAUAUAUGGUCAGGUUCAUGAUAUUGAUGGCACCUCUUUACAAUCCCAAUCCCCUUUUUCUAAUAUACAGUCUCCAGCUACUGAAAAUGCCCAAAUAGAUCAAAAUUUUGUUUACUAUCAUAAUAUUUCUGCUGAACAGUAUCAAAUAUUUAAAGAAAAUGUUGAUAUGUUAUUUAAUGGAAGGAUUCCUCUUCAUGAACAACAAUAUCAUUUAUCUACAAUUGUCCAACAUGUUGAAGAAUAUAUCUUUCCGGCAUUUGAACAAGAAAAAUCGUACCUCAUAAAUAAUGUUCUGUGUGGUUGGGCAAUAAAACAACAAAAAGUAAGUAUAGGAAGUGUUUGGAGUCAAAUGUCACACUAUAAAACACUUUCUAUUAUAAGUACACAAUUUGAGUAUUUUGGUGAAUUGUUAGAACAAACAUUAAAUGGUUUAUUUCAUUUAAAAACAUUCAAUCAAAAUUUUCAACAUUUUUCUAUUUUAUUUGAAAGAUUAAAAGAGAUAGUGCAUUUCUUUUUAUAUUAUUCAAUAAUAGUUUCAAGACAACCACCAUCCGUCUCUGUUAAAUGUGGUGAUGCAGAAAACCAUAGAAGAAGUAGGUUUUGGUUUAAUACGGAAAUAAGAGUGCUUGGAGGAAAGGCAUUUAAUAUUGAUACUUUAAAUAGUGGGAAACACAUUAAAUGUCAUUUAAUUACUGAUGAAACUGCUAAAAUCCUCCUUACAAGUGCUUAUAAAGAGGUUCUUGAUAAUGAAGAUUUUACAUUAGAACCAAUGGUUUCUAGUAUCACAUCAACUAAUUAUCAUGAAACAGGUACUUCAGCUUUUUUUGAAGAUAUGAGACUUUCUAAAAAGGGACCUUUAAGAAGAGAUUCUGUUGCUAGUAGAAGAUAUCAUCUUUGUUAUUCAAUUAAUCUGUCAACAAAACAUGAUUUACAAUUAAUUGGUAAAAAAGUGUCAUUACCAUUUGCUGUUUUAGUCGGUCCAAAAGUUGAGGUUGAGGCACGACUAUUCUUAGAAAGAUCUUUUGCCAAUCUUGUUCAAUCUCCAUCAUGUGAAUUACCAUCAGAGGUUGGUUAUGAGGAGAUGGCAGAGGCAUUAGAAAUGAAAUUUCAAAGUAUUAUUGAGACACCAUUAAAAAGUACAGAUACAAUACCAAUAGUUAAACCAAGAAUGUUAACAAAUCAAGCAAAACAUCAUAUAAUAAUGAGAUUAAAACCAAAUACUGAUGCAAAAAUUUUAUUAGAUAAUUUUAUGAAAUCUCCCGUUGCGGAAGAAUUUUGUCUAAAAAAAGGAAGCACAACAGAUGGUGAAUGGAAACUUGUCCCAUUUUAUGAUUGGUUUUUUAAAAUAGCAGAAAUAAUAAAUAAAUACAUGUCACAGAUGUGGAAUAAUGAAUUAAUAUAUGGUUUUUGUUCGAAAGAUGAAGCUGAAUAUUUAUUACAAUCAUGUCCAUGUCCAACAUUAUUGAUACGUUUCUCAGACAUAGAGUAUGGUAAAGUGAAAAUUAGUGCAAAAUAUAGUAAUAAUGAAAUUCAACAUUAUUGGUAUGAUACAAAUGAGUUGGCUUCAAGAAGUUUACCCAAAGAGUUAUUGACAAAUUCACGUUUUACCGGUGUUAAUUGUAUCUAUCCAAAUAUUAAUUUAGAAAAAGUUUUAGGAGGAAAUGAAAUUAAAAAGACUAGUAUACAAAAUAAACCAAGAUAUUUACAACCAUCAGCAGUUUAUUUUGAUAAUCAAGGUUCAGCAACAUAA